UGGUAAUACUGGAUCACUGGCAUUUAGCUUGUAAAAAAAAGGAAAUUGGACAUUUGUUUUAUAAAUUGAUUAUUGAACUUAGAAAACAUUAUACUGUUAAUAAAUUUUAGUAAAGGAAGAGAAAAUUAAUUUAAAAAUGACAUCCCUAGAACAAAACUUGAUGAAAGUAACAAAAGUAGUUGAAGAACAAGUUGAUUCAGUUAUAGACCAAAUUGAUAAUUUGGAUGUAAAUGAUUUGGAACAGUUGCGAAUAAAUCGUAUUAAGGAACUUCAAAAACAAGAGGAACAAAAAAAAAUUUGGCUAAACAAUGAUCAUGGAAAAUAUGAAGAGCUGGCAGAAGAGAAAAUGUUUUUUGACAUUAUUAAAAAAUCAGAAAAUGUAGUUAUACACUUUUAUACAAAUACAUCUCCACGUUGUCCAAUAGUUGACAAGCAUUUAAAAGUUCUGUCAAAGAAACAUAUUGAAACACGUUUUACAAAACUAAAUGCAGAGAAAUGCCCUUUCCUUGCUGAAAAUUUAAAAAUUAAAACGAUACCUACUAUAGUGUUAAUACAUAAUAGUAUCAUGGUUGACAAAAUUGUUGGUUUCUCCCAAUUAGGAAACAGGGAUGAUUUCAGCACGGAAAUGCUCGAGUGGAGAAUUGCUCAGAAUAAUAUAAUUAAUUAUGAAGGCGAUCUAUCAACUCCGCCAGAUUUACAAGAAAAAAAAUCUAAGAGUAGCAAUAAAAAAAUAAGAGAUAGUUUAUAUAACAGGGAUGAUGAUGAUAUAGAUAUUGAGGAGUAUGGUUUAGCAAGAGACAACAUAAAAUCUGAAUUAUUACAAAAAACUGUGCCGCUAGAAUUGACUCCUGAAGAAGCUGCUGAGUUAGAGUUAGACUGAAUUAACAAUUUCAAUAUAUUGAAAAUAUGUGUUUGGUUAUUUUUUGA